AUGAAGGCGUUCGUAGUGCUGUCAGUGGCUCUGGCCAUUGCAUCCUGUGCGGCAGUUGAUGAGUCCUCGAAGAAGCAAAAGCGCGGUCUCUGGGAGCUGGGAAAUGAUUUCAGCGGAAUGGAAUAUGGACACCAUCAUGGUCAUCACGAGAUCCAGCAUCUAACCCACACAGUCACCAAGAAGGUCCCAGUCCCGUAUCCGGUUGAGGUUGAGAAGCAUGUUCCAGUGCAUGUGGAUCGACCAGUUCCAUACCCGGUGAAGGUUCCAGUUCAUGUCGAUCGUCCGUACCCAGUAGAAGUGAAGGUCCCAUACCCAGUGCACGUUGAGAAGAAGGUUCACGUCGACCGUCCCGUUCCUUAUCCAGUCGAUCGUCCGGUGUAUGUUGAAAAGAAAGUUCAUGUCGAUCGUCCCUAUCCAGUUGAAGUGAAGGUCCCCUAUCCGGUGGAAAAGAAGGUCUACAUCGAAAAGAAGGUUCCAGUGCACGUCGAUCGACCAGUUCCUUAUCCAGUGUACGUCGAGAAGAAGGUUCAUGUUGAUCGUCCAUACCCGGUUGAGGUGAAGGUGCCAUACCCAGUUCAUGUAGAAAAAAAGGUUCCAGUUCACGUUCCUUAUCCAGUCGAAGUGAAGGUUCCAUAUCCAGUCGAGAAAAAGGUUUAUGUGGAAAAGGAAGUUCCAGUUGAAGUUCCAUACCCGGUCGAGGUUGUGAAGAAGGUACCAGUGCAUGUUGACCGCCCAGUUCCAUAUCCAGUUGAAGUUGAAAAGAAGGUCCAUGUUGAUCGUCCAUACCCAGUCGAGGUGAAAGUACCAUACCCAGUUCACGUUGAUCGCCCAUACCCAGUGGAAGUCGAGAAGCGAGUUCCAGUGCACGUUGACCGUCCCGUUCCAUACCCGGUUGAGGUUGAGAAGCGCGUUCCAGUUCAUGUCGAUCGUCCGGUUCCUUACCCAGUGGAAAAGAAGGUCCCAGUUUAUGUUGAAAACAGAGUCCCAGUUCACGUCGAUCGCCCAGUUCCAUACCCAGUCGAGGUCGAGAAGCGUGUCCCAGUUCAUGUGGAUCGCCCGGUCCCAUACCCAGUGAAGGUUCCAGUACAUGUCGAUCGACCAGUGUACGUCGAAAAGAAGGUACCAGUGCAUAUCGAUCGGCCAGUACAUGUUCCCUAUCCGGUGGAAGUCCCAGUCGUUCAGAAGGAAUACAUUGAAGUGUCGAAAGCGCACGCAGUUCAUGACGAGAAGCACGCUCCAGUGUAUGUCAACGGACACCAGAAGCAUUGGUGA